AUGGCAUUUAAGUACGUUGUCCUCGCCUGUCUAGUUGCUACCGCCAGCGCUGGAUUAAUCCCAAGUAUACCGCUAUCAUACGCCGCAGGCCCUGUGGUGCACUCCGCCCCCUUAGUUCACGCCGCACCCGUAGCCUACGCUGCCCCCAUCGCCAAGGUUGCUGUUGAAGAGUAUGACUCACAUCCACAGUACAGUUUCGCGUACGACGUACAAGAUGGGCUUACCGGAGACUCCAAAACUCAGUAUGAAACUCGUGACGGCGAUGUCGUUAAGGGCUCCUACUCAGUCGUCGACCCCGAUGGUACCAAGCGCACUGUCGACUACACUUCUGACCCCCACAACGGUUUCAACGCGGUCGUACGAAAAGAAGCCCUCGGCGUGAAAGUGGCCGCUGUUGCUCCAGUUGCCAAAAUCGCUGCCCCAGUGGCCUACACGGCCCCCGUGGCUAAAAUCGCCGCUCCAGUGUACACCUAUUCUAGUCCCAUCUACCACCACUGA